AUGAAGUAUUUAUUAUCCAGCGAAAGUAAGCAGUUGGAUGAAGUUCGAUGUUACAGCAAGCAAUAUCUUACCUUCAUCAGUUUCCUCGAUUUCAGGAUUGAGGAAUAUGAACAGGCACUGAAGGAAUGGGAGGAAAUGCGACCACCAGGCUCAGCAUCAUCAGCUGAUCCUUUCGGUCAUUACAAGCAGAAGUUCGAGGAGCGACAGCAAGCGAAAUCAGAAUCGGGAGACACGCAAGAAAACGACGUGAAGAAAGAUGAGGGCCAAGAAGAUGAGAAAGGCGAGGCUGGAGAGGUUACUAUUCAGUAA